GUGCGGCUGAAGUUUUUAAAAAUUCUUGCUGCUACCGUAUUACGCGGUGGAAUUGUGUGUGUUAAACCAUGCAGCAUAUACAGUAGCAGCAAAGCGGACAAGGAGUGGGCUGGAAGGAAUUGCGUGCAGAAAAAAUGCAGCGCACCCUUUGCGAGGGUGAAAUUUCCACCCAGUACGCAUACACCCAUAGGUGACUAGAUGUGAGGUGACAGUUCAGCCUGGAGGGGAGGAUGCUCUGAGGGGAUCCCUCAGCCCUCCAUGCCCAUUGUAGGUCUCAGGUCCGGCCCCUUGCUCCACCCCAUGCUAUCCCUCCUCACCAGAGGAAACCAGGGCUCCCUCCUCUCACAAUAAAUGACAAAGCAGAAGAAAACUAAUGGAAAGUGCGGUCCAUGAGCGCUGAGGGAGCGCCGCGUCCAUUUCCUGUCCCGCACCCCGGAGGAGGGGGCCGGGAGCUCCAGCAUGAGGGUCUGUACGGGAAACCCCGUGCAAGUUCUGAUAAAAUAGAAGAAGCACAAAAAAAGCUGAACAGUCCUGAGGAACCCCAAAAAGAAAUAGUUGCUGUUGGCUCCCGAAGUUGUUUUGAUACUGUUAAAGGUGUCAAAAGGAAAAAAAUUGUCACAGAAAAUCAUUUGAAGAAAAUACCGAAAUCUCCACUAAGGAAUAUUUCUAAGGAGAAGCAGAAGCAUGAUAUAGAAGUUUGCACGUCACAAAGUGCUGCUCCAUCAGGAUCUAGUCAUUCAAAAAGCAAAGAACCCUUUCUGCACAAUCAAAACACCAAGGAAGGCAAAGGGACAAGUGCUGGGCUUAACAAUCGGCCUGUAAAGUCUGGCAUUUCAAUGCAGGCUAGAAAACUCUCUAUUCCGCCAGACUUAUGUAACGGAAGAAGUGAAAACUUUAACUUUGGUAGCAAAAUGACUUUAAUAAAGGAAAGCUCUACUGCCGGUUCAAUACCAGUAAAUAUGAAAAGUGCAAAUAUCACCUCUGAGAAUAUAAAUAAGCAGUACCUGAGUGAAAAUUCCGCUUUUGAUGUCUUAUUAAAGGCCAUGGAGCCUGAACUCAACUCGUUGAAUCAGUCACGGGCUCCUUGUGGUACCCAGACUGAAAAACAAGGUCAUAAGAGUGAAGCACCUUUAGUAACGCAUUCAUCUUCCACUCCAUCUUCUGAAAGGGAGACAAGUGCUAGCUAUUUCCAUCAUCAUCGAACUGCUGAACUUGAUCAGUCUUGUACAUCAGCCAAGAGCUCCCCACACACCCAGGUUCAUUCAGGUGGUGAGGAAGAAUUUCAAAAGCAGCAACCUCCUACCUGUCACAACUACUCUAGUGUUGUAGACGUUACCAAACGUCAGGUUUACCAUAUAGCUGUAACUUCUUCAGUAGUAAAUACUUCUCCAGUAACUCAGGUUCUUUCAUUGCCAGGAAGUUCUUCUAUAGCUAAUUCUUCAAAUAUUUCGUUAAAUAACACAUAUAGUGUAACUCAAGUAGCUUCACGUAUCACAGGGGAGCAAAUGUGCAAUAUUGUUUUGAAGGAUCAAAAACCUAAAAAACAAGGUAAAUAUAUAUGUGAAUAUUGUAACAGAGCUUGUGCAAAACCCAGUGUCCUCCUUAAACACAUUCGUUCGCAUACUGGAGAACGCCCAUACCCUUGUGUGACAUGUGGGUUUUCAUUCAAGACGAAAAGCAAUCUGUACAAGCACAAAAAGUCCCAUGCACAUGCCAUUAAGCUUGGGCUAGGCGUGCGUACAGAAACAGGAGGUAUGCUCCUUUCACAAGAUUCUGAAAAAGCACUUUUUAUUGGUUCAGAUGUAGAUGAUAGUGGCGAAAGUGAUGAAGAGUAUACAUCAGAAGAAAGGCAAGAAGAUCAAAAUCUUCCUUGUGUAGAGUUCCCAGAAAGUGUAAAAAUGUCAUCCGAGAGUCUAAAAGAAGGACGGUCUUCCUCAAAUAGCCCUGUAGCAAUGUUACAAGACAAUAUUUUGCAAGAGAAGCAAACUGAAGUAAAACCAGCAGAAUUACCAAAAGUUGUUGUUUAUCCUGUUAGUGUUUCUCCGUUAAGAGCCGACAGUCCUAAAGUUUUAGAGUGUACUAACGAACAGUUCAUAGCACAAAUGCCAGACCUAAAAAUACAAAAUAAGACUCCAAAUGUUUUGCAAAUGUGCUCAUUAAGUCAAGUAGAGCAAUCCUCUCAUAAAAUGUGCAAACUAAUUCAAGACGAAAGUAAGCAGCCAACUAGCAUAAAUGCUCAUGCACAGCUGCAGAGACAGCAGGCCACAGAUUGCUCCCAAGAUCAACAGAGCAAAUGUCUUUUGAGCCCAAGAAGCUUGGGGAGCACUGACUCUGGUUAUUUCUCCCGGUCAGGGUCAGAGAGUGCAGAUCAAGCAAUGAUCUCUCCUUCCCCUUUUAUAAAACGUCUGCCCUCAUCUGAGAAAGAUUUUUCCAAAAAUGUAAGCACCAUGACACACACACAUGUCACAGGAGCAGUAUUGGUACAACCAUGUAUUGAGAAUCCACCUGUUGUCACUGGAAUAAUGAGGCCACCAAUGGGAACAAAAACUCUUGAAGAGCGUAUUUCAAAAUUAAUAUCGGACAAUGAGGCUGUAGUUGAUGACAAACAGUUAGACAGUGUAAAGCCAAGGAGAACAUCUUUGUCCAGAAGAGGCAGCAUAGAUUCACCAAAGUCUUAUAUAUUUAAAGAUUCCUUCCAGUUUGAUCUAAAACCUGCAGGAAGACGCACUAGCUCAAGUUCAGAUAUACCAAAGUCCCCAUUCACUCCAACUGAAAAAUCAAAGCAAGUUUUUUUUCUUUCUGUUCCAUCACAAUAUCCUUCUAUUGACUGUUUGCCAAUUACAAGAAGCAAUUCUAUGCCCACAACUGGGUACUCAGCUAUUCCUCCAGUAAUACCAGCCUCUCAUCCUCUCAGAGGUAGUCAGUCAUUUGAUGACAAAAUAGGUUCUCUUUGCGAUGAUGUGUUUGUUUCAGGACCUUCUACACCUCAACAUACAGUCCACCCUCGUACACUUGUUAGACAGGCUGCUGUGGAAGACUCGGCCACUGAACACUGUGGCUUGGGACCUGCGCGGUCUGUUGAUGAAAGUUAUCCUACAAGCAAAUCUAUACAGGAUGUUAUGCUACCUAGAAGUAAGUCUUUUGUUCAAGGCACCAGUCUAGACAAAAUAAAAAAAUCCCAUCAGGGUCGGGGUACGAUGUUUGAAUGCGAGACAUGCAGAAACAGAUAUAGAAAAUUAGAAAAUUUUGAAAAUCAUAAAAAGUUUUACUGCUCUGAAUUACAUGGACCAAAGAGCAAAACAGCUGCCCGAGAAACGGAUCAUAGUGUACCAUCAAACUAUUCCCAGUCUCAAAUGUUUCAUUAUAGAGUUGCUAAUAAUACAGGUACUUUGGAGCAGCCACUCCCUAUCCGUAAACGUAGAAAGAUGAAAAGUGUGGGGGAUGAUGAUGAACCCCAGCCAAGUGAAUGUCGUUCUGUCCCUGAAAAUAUGGAAGCCCCAAGCUUACCCAGUGUCAAAGCCUCAUCCACAAUUACCAUAUUAGGCUCACAGUCCUGUUCUGUAUCAAUGCUAAAUCAACAAAUACAGUUAGUAUCACGAUGCACAGAACCCAAAACUAAUGUCCAGGUGUCUGCCAUGGAAAAAAAUAAUAAUUUAGUUCUAAAGGAAAAUGUUGAACUGAAAUGUCAAGGAACUGGUAUUUCCGUAAUUCAACACACAAAUUCAUUGAGCAGGCCAAGUUCAUUUGAGAAAUCAGAGUCUGUUGAGCGUGUUUCACCUGGGCCGUUAAGUGAAAUUCAAAAAAGUAAUGUAAAAAGCCCCUUAAAUGCAGUUGGCAUCAUUCAAGAAGAGAGAACUACUGUUACUUCUCAGAUUAGUACUAGUGGAUCACUUGACGUAAGUAAGCCUGACGACACCAAUGAUCAUCAUGCUGUGCUUGCAGAAAGAACUGGCGCCUCUCAAUCACGUCUUGUUCGUCAGCAUAACAUUCAGGUUCCAGAGAUCUUGGUUACAGAAGAACCGGAUAAAGAUCCAGAAAUUCAAACUAAUGAUCCAGAACUCCAAGAAAAAUUUACAUGGCCACAACGGAGUGGGAGUCUUUCCAGUUUGCCGACAGAAAAGCUCCCUCCAAAAAAGAAACGAAUUCGGCUUGCUGAUCUAGAUAACUCAUCUGCUGAAUCUAGUUUUGAGUCAACUAUUUCAAGAAGUUUAAGUCGUGAGAGCAGUUUAUCUCGCACUUCGAGUUUUUCAGCUUCAUUUGAAAAAGAUGAAUCUUCAAAAUCAGAAAGUUUCUCAAAAACAGAGAGCAUAAAUAAAUCAUCAGAAUUUCUUACAAUUCCAACUGGCUUAAAUGCAUUUGGUACUCCAAGGGAAAUGAGAAGAGCAGCCUCAGAGCAAAUAAACUGUACACAAUCAUCUAUGGAAGUCACGGACUAUAGAAGUAAAUCCUUUGACUGUGGAAGUAUGUCCCGUUCACGGUCUAUGUCUCCAAUAAACAUUAUGACUUCAAGAUCUUCUCUCGUAUGUAGCGCAAGUAGUGGGCACGUUCCUCUGUUAGAAAGGAGGAGGGGACCACUUGUAAAACAGAUAUCUUUAAAUAUCUCAGAAAGAAGUGUUUCUCCAGGUAAAUCCAAUGUUACCCUGUCAGAAAAUCCUGCGUUAACACAACAAAAUGUACAUAAUAUAAACCGAACUUUAACAGAAGUAAGUGUAUGCUCUAAAGAAAACAGUAGACAUACACACGUAAUUGACCAACAAUUAGCUGAUAAGUCAAAGCUUGCCAAAGUUCAACUUUCUGACAGCAGGUGCUCUGUAAGUUCAUUGAAAACAGAUUUUCCAACUGGUAUGCAAAAUACAACUAAAGGAGACAAUAAAGAGAAGAAUGUGCUACCGCAUAAGAAAUAUGAAUGUAAGCCAAAUUUUACUCCAAAAUAUCAACUAGAAUGUCCAAAACCUCAGGAGAGACAAUUCUGUUCUAUCAAGCCUGUUACCAUAAUUUUGCCAAAUAGUCCUUCUAGAGAGAGUGGCAUUGCGUCUCAGAAUUUAAAGGCUGCUGUUACAGAUGGUUUGUCCAAUAUUUGUCCUACUGUUCAAAAACAAAAUAAAUUGUAUUGUAAUUAUCAGUCUAGUCAGUCAGUAGUUGUGCCAGUCCAUAACUAUAGCAGUUCUUUAUAUUAUGGGUUUUCUGCGGUUACAUCUGUUCCUGAGAUUUUAGUCACUCAAGAUCAAGGAAAUCCCAUUGUUUGCAAAGUGAGUUCAACUCUUGUAGCAGAGACAGUAGACCUAAUGUACAUGCCAAAGUCUCAAGAAGAGCACAGCAGGGCAUUGGCUGGAUCUGUUAGAAAUUUUGAAAAUUGUCUUCCUCCAUCUGUGCCACAAAAAGUGCCACUAGCUGGUCUUGUUCCCCAGCAAGAGACCUCAGCUUCAAGUAAGCGAAUGCUCUCACCUGCAAACAGUCUGGACAUUGCAAUGGAAAAACAGCAAAAACGUGUAAAAGAUGAAAGUGGGGCUGCAUGCAAUACGAAUAGCCAACAGGUGCAUUUGUUGAGUAUGAAGGCAGCUGAACCUGUCAAGCCAAGAAAGCCAACACUUGUUAGACAAUUCUGCACUACAGAUCCUGGUGAAAGCUUAGACAGCGAUAUUUCCCAAAUGAGAUCUAGUCCUGAGAAUCAUUCUCCUGGAGGACAGCUGACCAAAUUCCAUUCAUCGCCAAAAUCUGUCUCUGAUGGGAAAGAGAUAGAAGAGUAUGAGCAAGUUAAAUCUAUAGAAGCAGUUCCAACUGUACGAAUGUCACCAGAGCCUUUUCCUCUAAGUACACAGACAAGUUCUUUAAAGUCUUCAUAUAGUAGUCAAGAGAGGAGAUCACCUGUUACUUCUAAAGCAAUUCAUAUUCAAGGCCAGGUAAAACUCACUGCUGCAAUUUCUUCUGUUAAUGCUGGGGAUAUGCACCGUCUGUCCUUUCCAAGUCUCAAAACAUCAACAAGUUUUACUUGGUGUUACCUAUUGAAGCGAAAGCCAAUACACCUUUCUCAAACUGACCAAAAGACUUCUGCCUAUGCUUCCUGGACUAUUAGUUCCAAUAACCCCAAUCCACUUGGUUUACCCACCAAGGUGGCACUUUCUCUGCUUAAUUCAAAGCAAAAGGGUGAAAAGUUCAUCUUCACCUUGGUGAAAAACUCCCAUCAAAAACACGACGUCUUGGUAUAUUCAAGCAAAUGGAAAAGCAAUUCAAAAAAGUCCCCUCACCACAAGCCUUGCAAUCUGCUGGAUGGUCAAAAAAGUGUCGAUACGAGUACAGAACAAGAUAAAGAACCUUUCCAAAAUCGAAGUGAGCCAAGAAGAGUGAAGAUUUUUGAUGGAGGGUACAAGUCAAAUGAAGAAUAUGUUUACGUGCGUGGCAGAGGGAGAGGAAAGUAUAUUUGUGAAGAGUGCGGAAUAAGGUGCAAAAAGCCUAGCAUGUUGAAGAAGCAUAUUCGUACGCACACGGAUGUCCGGCCAUACCACUGCAACUACUGUAACUUCUCCUUCAAGACAAAAGGCAAUUUGACAAAGCACAUGAAAUCCAAAGCUCACAGCAAGAAGUGCAUGGACAUGGGAAUAGCAGUCGGUCCAGUAGAUGAUCAGGAUACAGAUGAUUCUGGUGAGAGGCAAAGGUAUACCGGAGAGCGGUCAGGAUUUGAUGGUGAUGAUUCAGAUGGGGCAGAAGACGAUGACAAUGAUAAUGAGGAUGAGGAUGAAGACAGUCAAGCAGAGUCGGUCCUUUCUGCCACUCCAUCUGUUACAGCAAGUCCACAGCAUUAUCCAUUCCGAAACAGCCAGCAAGAAGCAUCUAGCGCUGAUGAAGAUGGUCGCGUUUCAAAUACUUUGUCUCAAGCUAAUUCGAUGGAUAUUCUUCCAAAAGCUUUGAUCACAAGGAUGACAGCAUUGACUACAUCAACCACAUGCAAGCCAGCAGGUCACAAGGAGAGAGGAGAUGAAGUCCUGCAGAAUGCUGUGCCUCCUCAAAGUGAAACAUCAUCUUCCAAAUCCCUUUGUCAUCAGAUGUCCAUUGAUUAUCCAGCUACAGAUGUUGGACUUGAUGGCGCAGUAAGGUCAAAAAGCCUUAAUGGAUCACAUGACUCCGUAACUGUCAACACACCAUCUUCCCCAGUUGACCAGAGCACACAGACCAUGGAUUCGUCUGUAACAGACUCGAACAGUUCCCAAUCAAAACCUGUUGACAUGGCACAACGGCCUGCUCAGAUAUCUACAGCCCCAACACAUCUAUUCAGUCAUUUGCCUCUGCAUUCACAGCAACCUGUAAGGUCACCUUACAGCAUGAUCCCAGUAGGAGGAAUUCAGCUUGUCCCAGCUGGAUUAACAGCAUACUCCACAUUUGUACCCUUCCCCACUGGUCAAGUGCAGCUGACUAUACCGGCUGUUGGGGUGAUUCACCGGACUGCAAAUGCUCACAGUGACAAGCCUGCAGAAGUACCCAGCACACCAAGUCCUAUAGGAGUAGCUGAAGUAAAUAGUGUUGUACCUUGUAUUCCAAUUGGUCAAGUCAAUGUGCCCGGUCUGAGUGCAUCAGGCUUACAAUCCAUUCAGCCACUCAGCAUGGAAACCGUAAACAUAUUAGGUCUUUCAAACCCAGGCAUUACUCCUCAAAUUCAUCCCUCAGGACUAACUCUAAAUGCGGUUGGAUUGCAGGUUUUAACAACAAGCCCUGGAUCCCAGAGAAAUCCUAGUCCUCAAGCUCACAUUCCAGGCCUACAAAUUUUGAACAUUGCAUUGCCUACUUUAAUUCCAUCUAUUAGCCCUCUAUCUGUUGAUGCCCAAGGACAUCCUGAUAAAUCUCCAUCAUGUAGCACAGCACCUUGUCAGGGUCUAGCCAACAUUCCUGGGGCAGAUGCCAAAAAUAUGAGGCAAUCUGAGUCUCAACAAGUUUCGUCAAGGAUUCAGGAAUCCCCAAAAGCAUCAGGUGAGGCUCCAGGCAUUGAGGAAAGAGCUACAACUUGUGGUACGAGUACUGAAAGAGACAGUCAACUGAAGCAGAGUCCUAACAUCAGCACCAGUCAGAGUAAAACAUCUGCCAGACCAGAUCUCUCUUUGAAGGUUCAUUCUCAACCUCCAAAUCGAUCGUCUGUAGGUCACGCUCUUCCACCCCUUCGACAUCAGAGGAGAACUGAGCUAAUUUCAAGACAGAGUACAGUGCAGUUCAGCGAUUCAAGCAGCGAUGAUGAUGAAGGCAGACUGGUUAUAGCAACCUAAAGACAAAUUAUUUUCCUCUAAGUUCCAGUACAGUAUUUUUUUACUUUUUUUUUUGUGGGAAGGGAAGGGUAUAUAAUGAGAGACUUUGAGGUUUAUUUCCAAACCUUGGUAUCUUUAAAGCACAUUUUUCUUACACAUUAUUUGUGCAAUCAUGAACUCUUGACCAAUAAGUGUCGUUUUUUUUGUUAAUUCUUUUGUCUGCUCCUGCCAUUUUUGUACAUGUUGUAUAGACAAUUGUGCCUUUCGGAAUUUUAUGUGUAGAAAUUUGUACAUAUCGGAGAAUAAAAUAUAAAUAUCUAUAAAUAUUAUAUAUGUACAUAACCAAGGUAGUUGCUUGUGUUUAGUACGUACAUCCAUAUCUCAUGUUGAGUAAAAUAAUUAAAUUAUAGAGUUAUAUAUGUAUAUGUUGCACUGUUAAAUGUAAUUUUUUUAUGGAUGUGGGGCAGCUUUGUGUACAGAUCUUGUAUGUACAACUCCAUAUUUAUUGUGUCCAUAUUAGUCUUGGAAAAUGGUUCUGUCCAUCUUUGUGUGCAAGACGGUAGCUUUACACUUAAAAACAGAAAUCCUGUGUUAACAAAUGUUCAAGUAAAUCUUUUAUUACUGACUUUA